UGUCUUUUUAGACUGAGAAAAUGGAAGAAGAGAAAUCUUUUAAAUUUAAAUUGUUUGUACCACCAAGACUGAGUAACACCCAGGUAUCUGCAGUCAAACCACAGACAAGUACACGAGAUGGGGGAUUCUUUCAGAAUUUUAACAAUGAAACAGAAGAAUAUUAUAACUCAUCUUUUGGGGUGAAAAAUAUUUCAAAACAUAUAGAAGUCAUUGAUCCUGUUCCACAGAAAGUAAAACUUGUGCCUGAGAUAGAGCAGGAGAAUAUGGAGACAAUGAAUGAGCUUUAUUCAAGGCUUUACAAAGAAGCCGAAAGGAUCAAGAGAUGGAAAGUCAGUGUACAAUAUGAACUAAAGGAAAAGGAAAAAAAAUUGCAAGAAGAUAGAAAGAUUAUUGAAGCAUUACGUAAAGCCAUUCAAGAACUACAGUUUGAAAAUGAAAAAUUAAGCCUAAAACUUGAAGAUGAAAUACAUGAAAACAAUGAUCUUCUAAAAGCAAACAAUGCUACAAGACAUUUGUGCAAUUUGCUCAAAGAAAAAUGUAUGCAGUCUGUGGAGAAGUCCAACAAAUAUGAAUGUGAACGAGAAGAAACCAGACAAAUGUAUGUGGAUCUUAACAUUAAUGUUGAGAGAAUGAUAAAAGCCUUUGAUGAACUUCGUCUACAAGCAGAGAACUCCAGACUGGAAAAGUAUUAUAAAUUAAAAGAAACAGCUGAUAAAAUAGAACAGCUUGAAAAAGGACACAAGAAAGAGAUAAAUGCCAUGGAAAAGCAGAUUUCUAUACUGACAGAUGAAAAUGGUGAAAAAGAUAACAAAAUGAAACAGAGAAAUGCUCAGUUACAGGAAUCAAGAUUGUUAAUACUUGAGUUUGAAGAAAUAAGAAAACAACAAGAUGAGGUAUUAAAAAAAGCAGAAAGCAAACAACAAAACUUGUUGACAGAACUGGAAAGUACGAUACAUUCUUUGGAAGAUACAAAGAAUACUUGUAAGAAUUUAGAAACUGAGUUGCAAGUUAUAAUAAAAACAUUAGCUGAAGUCACUGAACAAAAGGAAUUGAUUAUAAGAGAACUUGAAGAAACUAGAGUUCUGCAUGUAUCUGUUACUGAUGGAUUCCAAACUGAAGUUUCUAAUUUGAAGGAGAUGCUAAUGAAAGAAGAAAAAAGGCAAAAGGAAUUGAGAGAUGACUCAGUUGCAUUAGUUUUGGAACUCCAAAAUAAAUCAACUGAACUAGAAAUUAUGACCAAACUGAAAAAUGAUAAAGAAAAGCAAAUUGAAGAACUGGAACCAGUCUUAAUACAAGUCCAAGAAUGUUUACAUGGAAAACAAAUUCUUGAGAAGACUAUUGAGAAAUUACAAGAAAGAGAAAGAGAGUUAAAGGAUACUCUUCAGAUGAGAGAGAAAGAAAUACAUGAUUUGGAAAUGCAGUUAUCUGAUGAAUUCGAAAAUAAACAAAAUUGCUUUCAACAGCUUACAACACUGAAAGCAGAACUUGAAAAAGAAAUCCUAAAGAAUGAGCAAUUAAGUAUGGAGUGGAACAAACUUUUAUUCCAGAAAGAACAAAUUAUAACAGAGAAAAAGAUGGUAGAUAAUGAACUUCAAAAAUUUAAAGAUAAUAAGAACAAUAAGAAUAUAGAUGAAGAAGCUAAACAUCAAAUAGAAAUUUUAAAACAAACCAACAUUCUGUUAAGAAAUGAAUUAGAGGAGCUAAAGGAGAAACUAAAACAGAAGGAUGAAGAAGCAAAAAGCAAAGCUGAUGAAAAUGAAGAAAAUGUUAGAAAUAUUGAAAAUGAAAUUUUGAAAAAGGAAAAACAACUGAAAACAUUAGAAAACAAGGUUAACAGUUUAAAGAAGCAGAUUGAAAUGAAAAUCAAGAAUAUUGAAGUACUGCAGCAAGAAAAUAAAACUUUGAAAAAGAAAGUUGCAACAGAAAGCAAGCAACUGAAUAUUACUGAAGGAAAGGUAAAUAAAUUACAGUUAGAGUUGGAAAACAUAAAUAAGUUACAUAAAGAAACAAUUGACAACUAUAAAAAUGAAAUUGAGAUAGCCAGGGCAAAUGAAAAAAGACUUCUCAAAGAGGUAGAAACAAUGAAUUCGUUAGCUAAUGAAGCAAUGGCAAUGCAGAAAGAAAUAGAUAUUCGAUGUCAGCACAAGAUCACUGAAAUGGUAGCACUUAUGGAAAAACAUAAGCACGAAUAUGAUAAAACAGUGGAUGAAAAAGAUACAGAAUUAGAAUAUUAUAAGUCAAAACAGCAGGAACUAUCAUCAGCAAUAGAAUCUUUGGAACUUGAAUUUUCUUGUAAGAAAAGUGAAGUUUUCUCUCUUCAGGAGCAGCUUAAGAGAGUAAUUAAUGAGAAGGAAAACAUAGCCAGAGAAGCAAACAAGAAAAUACAAGCACCACUUGUAGAAAUUCUUAAAGGUACUAGUUCAGACUCUCUGUCAGUUAAUUCCCAAAAGAACAUAUGUCAACAUUUUAUACCUGUUAAUGAAAACACAGAAUAUACAGAGAAAUCUUUGUGGACACCUGCCAAGACAUAUACUGUGAAAACACCACCAAAAUCUAAACUGCUAAGAGAAAGCACUAAUUUACUUUCAGAAGGAAGGAAAAAAAAAAGAAAAGUUAUUUUGGAAUUGGAUACUCGGUCAGACAGCUCUGACAACCCUGACCUCCUGAGUAUUGUAACAGAGCAAGAAAAGUUUAAAAAACUGAAUAAAGACUAUUCAGAAUCUUCUCGUCUAUGUGUCAUGACACCAGAACAGAUUCAAGCUCCUUCUGUUCUGAAAACUCCAGGAUCUUCAAUGAAACUUGCCACUAUAAGAAAGAUGCGAGAGGCAGGAUGGACUGCAAUCUCCAAAUUGGACAGAAGAAAAAAAAUGAAAGAAGCUGGAAAGCUAUUUACUUAAACUAAAUCUUUCUUCUUUUUAGAAGUAGAAAUUGUUUAGUUAACUACCAUAUUUAAAUUCAACUUUACUUUUCUGUUAGCAUUGUGUGAAGUCUCAAUGGGCACAUAGAUUGACAUGCCCUUUGAAGCUGUUUUGCAAAGUAGAUCCCAGUACCUAUCAGGUGCAGCAUGGCCUAGCCAUGUUGAAGAGGCCACUGCUGCUUCUAUAUGCUCUUCUGUAUAUUCAUGCACAUAAGAUACUUCCACUGAUAUUUACAGUGAAGCCCAUCUCAUUGCCUGAGUUGGAAUGAAAUGUUCCAGUGACCAGAGUCAAUAUAGCUCUGCAAAGCAGUUCCACUUCGCACAUGUGCUUAUUUUCUACAUUUUGUUUCAAUAACAUUCAUUUUUACAGUAAUGUAUUCCAAUUCUUUUGAAUAUACCUUAUAUGUUGAACUCCUUUGUUAAAAGCUUAUCUUAGUGCUUAAAGAGCAAUCCAUUUCUUGCAGAUAUAAUUGUGUUUGAAGGAUAUACAUCUUAACCAUCCCUUACAGGUUUUGACCUGUGAGUAAGUAAGAACAAUCAAUAGUAAGUGGAAGUAAUAGCCUAUACUGCCUCAGUAGAAAAGCAAAUAUUUCUUCACUUAAGCCUUUGUCAGUCUUCCCAUAUAUUUUACAGAUGUAAGUUAAUGUAAGCAAAUAAGAAUGUUGCCAUUAUUAACAUUAGUGAAAAUACAGUUUAAAGAAUGAAAAGUUACGUUAUUUUCCUAAGCAAAUACUACCAUGAAACAAGCUCAAACUGAAUAGCUUUUCUGUCUGGGAAGCAGAAAAUUAUUAACUGUUAUUGGAAAUACUUUGUGGUAAUAAAAAUAUUUUAUUUUCUCA